CGCCGUCCGCGCGCCCCGCAGCGGCCAGCACAUGGCCUGCCGGAGGCCCGCGCCAUGGACCUCCGCACGGCCGUGUACAACGCCGCCCGCGACGGCAAGCUGCAGCUGCUUCAGAAGCUGCUGAGCGGCCGGAGCCGGGAGGAGCUGGAGGAGCUGACGGGCGAGGUGGCCGGCGGGGGGACGCCGCUGCUCAUCGCCGCCCGCUACGGCCACCUGGACGUGGUGGAGUACCUGGUGGACCGGUGCGGCGCGAGCGUGGAGGCCGGCGGCUCGGUGCACUUCGAUGGCGAGACCAUCGAGGGCGCGCCGCCGCUGUGGGCCGCCUCGGCCGCCGGCCACCUGGACGUGGUGCGCAGCCUGCUGCGCCGCGGGGCCUCGGUGAACCGCACCACGCGCACCAACUCCACGCCGCUGCGCGCCGCCUGCUUCGACGGCCACCUGGAGGUGGUGCGCUACCUGGUGGGCGAGCACCAGGCCGACCUGGAGGUGGCCAACCGCCACGGCCACACGUGCCUCAUGAUCUCGUGCUACAAGGGCCACCGCGAGAUCGCCCGCUACCUGCUGGAGCAGGGCGCCCAGGUGAACCGGCGCAGCGCCAAGGGCAACACGGCGCUGCACGACUGCGCCGAGUCCGGCAGCCUGGAGAUCCUGCAGCUGCUGCUGGGCUGCCACGCGCGCAUGGAGCGCGACGGCUACGGCAUGACCCCGCUGCUGGCCGCCAGCGUCACGGGCCACACCAACAUCGUGGAGUACCUCAUCCAGGAGCCCCCCGGCCCCGAGCAGGCCGCCCCGGGGGCCCAGGCCGGGCCCCGGCCCGCCCCGGAGGAGCCCGGCGUCGCCCACGAGCGCUGCUGCCCCACCAGCCGGGAGGCCGCGGUGGAAGCCCUGGAGCUGCUGGGCGCCACCUACGUGGACAAGAAACGCGACCUGCUGGGCGCCCUGAGACACUGGCGACGGGCGAUGGAGCUGCGACACCUGGGCGGCGCGUACCUGGCCAAGCCCGAGCCCCCGCAGCUGGUGCUGGCCUACGACUAUUCCCGGGAGGCGAGCACGGCCGAGGAGCUGGACGCGCUCAUCACGGACCCCGAUGAGAUGCGCAUGCAGGCCCUGCUGAUCCGCGAGCGCAUCCUGGGGCCCUCGCACCCGGACACGUCCUACUACAUCCGCUACCGGGGAGCCGUGUACGCAGACUCCGGCAACUUCCAGCGCUGCAUCCGCCUGUGGAAGUACGCCCUGGACAUGCAGCAGAGCCACCUGGAGCCCCUGAGCCCCAUGACGGCCAGCAGCUUCCUCUCCUUCGCCGAGCUCUUCUCCUACGUGCUCCAAGACCGCGCUGCCAAGGGCAGCCUGGGCCCCCAGAUCGGCUUCGCAGACCUCAUGGGCGUGCUCAGCAAAGGGGUGCGCGAGGUGGAGAGGGCCCUGCAGCUGCCCAAGGAGCCAGGCGACUCCGCGCAGUUCACCAAGGCCCUGGCCAUCAUCCUCCACCUGCUCUACCUGCUGGAGAAGGUGGAGUGCAGCCCGGAGCAAGAGCACCUGAAGCACCAGACCGUCUACCGGCUGCUCAAGUGCGCCCCCCGCGGCAAGAACGGCUUCACGCCCCUGCACAUGGCGGUGGACAAGGAGACCACCAACGUGGGCCGCUACCCGGUGGGCCGGUUCCCCUCCCUCCACGUGGUCCACGUGCUGCUGAGCUGCGGGGCCGACCCCGACAGCCGGGACUUUGACAACAACACGCCGCUGCACAUCGCUGCCCAGAACAACUGCCCGGCCAUCAUGAACGCCCUCAUCGACGCCGGCGCCCACAUGGACGCCACCAACGCCUUCAAGAAGACUGCCUACGAGCUCCUGGACGAGAAGCUGCUGGCCAAGAGCACCAUGCAGCCCUUCAACUACGUGACCCUGCAGUGCCUGGCCGCCCGGGCCCUGGACAAGAACAAGAUCCCCUACAAGGGCUUCAUCCCCGAGGACCUGGAGGCCUUCAUUGAGUUGCACUGACCUGCCCCGGCAGCCACCUGGGCCCCACCGAGUGGCCCCAGCGGGGGGAGCCCAGGGCAGCGGGGCAGACGGGCUUCGGAGGAGCCGGUGGGCCGCAGGUGCACCUGCUUUCAGAACACGCACCAGGGCUUUCUGCGGAGCCCGUCCAUCCACAACCCCCUCCACCUGCCUCCUCGGACGUGGUGGGCUGGGAGCCGCCACCCUCCACACAGGCAGGAGGAAGGCCUCCUUCCCCUCCCUCGGCCAGGAGAAAUCAGAUGCGGGGCUGUGACCAGCGAGCUGCCUAGGGCAAACGCUGGAAACGGAAGCCGGCAGAGAGACCCCACCACUCCCCCUUCAGCACCGGCACAGCCUGCCCCUUGCCAAGCUUGCAGUGGGUGUGGUGUUUUGUUUGUCCGACAAGUGGGCGGGUGGCACGUGUGCACCUGGGGUCUUCCUGCCACCUCUGCGACCGUGCCUGGUUGGUCUCCAAAAGCCAAGCCGCAAGGUGUGUCUCCAGGCCUGGACGGCGAAGGCGCUCAGGGCAUGUGUUCUGUGGUCUGACGUAAGCAACCCGACGUUUUAUGAACUUCACUUGAGAACCUUGCCUUGGACCUCCCAGCCCGCAGUCCUCAUUUCAGAUCCUUUUUUAUUUUAAUUUCUCUCCAGUCGGGGAUCAGGCUGAGUGACCGAGGAGCCGGGCAAGGCCACAGGGCUCCACCCAGUGGGAGAGCGUGAGCGUGGUGGCUGGGUCUAUCGUCCCAGCAAAACACUCCCAGCUCUGCGCCCACAGUAACAAGGCACCGGGCACAACGGGGGUCCCUUGCCCCGGGGCCAUCUUUCAGAAGCCGGAAAUGUGCAUCUUCCCGACAACCUCCCCAGCAUGGUGCACAUCCAAGGCGCCAGCUGGCUCACCACGGUCAGAGUCGAGUCUGCUGGGGCUGGAGCCAAACCUGGCUUCCGAUCUCAGGGUUGGGUGCAGGGGCGAGGCCACUGCCCGGCGGUGCUAGCUGGGUCUUGGCAGGAGAAGCCAUUCCUGGGGAGACAGCUGCCCUGUCGCUCUGGAGGAAGGUCAAGCCUGGGAGCUCUGCCCCCUCCCGCCCCCAAUCACGGCAGCCUCGGCGC